AUGAUUCCCAAACUCUCGGUCAGCUUGUACCCAGUUUCUACUAGCGUCCCGCGGCUGGUGGCUGGUGAAUUUUAUAACCUUGAGGGAAGCGUCAGAGUCGUCGAUCGAUAUGGAAACCAAGAGUUUGAGUAUGUUUCUGAAGGUCUCAGGUGGAAACGCUUCACUCGUGCAACUUCGAAGUUGGAACCACUUAAGAUUAACGGAACGGGGAAAAUCAGACGCAUUAAUCACGUGAAAACAGUGAAUGAUACAUUGAUUCGACUUGAACUCAUAGUGGGGCACCGUGGACUUGCACUCCCGGAUGGCGAAUUUUAUGUCAAGUACGUCAUUGACCCAUUGUUGGUGAGGCUCAGCGACGCAGUCCGUUUAGAGCCGGGUAUAAAAGUUGAUCUUGAAGGAGAGUUGGCAGACUUUUCAGCAAGUUUGGGUCUUCUCGUUGUUAAGAAUAAGAUGCCAAGUCUUAACAAUCGACCCGAUGACCUUUUGGACAUUUGGUCUAGAGGUUAUUAUUCGGACGGGAUUGACCGCGUUUACGGCGAUCUUGCUUUGGUCGCGGCUCGCUUAUACGGGGAUACUGCUGAAUACUUUUCGAACCAAUCACUUAUUAUUCAAAACAAUGAUGAAAGACGUUCAAUCAACACGAAAUUGUCGAAUAUGCAUUGCAGCAAGACGUUUGUUUGCGAGGCUUGGCUCGUCGAUGAAAUUGAGGGCGUACCAAUCAUGAGUACUAUACCCAAGUCGCUCCUGCUCAACAAAGUUAGGCCGGACAUAACGAUUGAGUUGAAAGUCGGAAUGCCAAUAAUAUUGACUAAGGAUUGUACUCAUAUUCGGCCAGGAGAAGAAAUGGUAUACAUGAAGAAAGGAUCGAGGUUGGUGGUUGUGGACGUCGACGAGUGGGUGGUAAUCGCGAGGGGAAUAAGUCCGGGGAAAAUUGGGAGGACAUUUAACAUUGGACGAACAAUGUUACAUUGCGACAACAUCAGCGAUAAGGAUAAUGCCUACUUACGUCAUCAGUUCCCUGUUGUGAUUGGGUAUGCGAAUGCGGAAGGUUGCUGGGAUAAAGUGGCUGAGUUUCGUGGAGGGAGUAGGAUUUGCCCCGCUUGA